AGUAUUGGUUUGAUUGAUUUUUGUUAGUUGACUUGGACUGAAGCUGCAGAAGAAUACAACAUAAAUGGAAUGAAUUGAGUAGUUGAGAAUGUAUGUAUCUGAUGUAUCGGAGUUGACAUCUAAAGUACUCUUAAAAUGAUGUUUAGAUAAACCCCGAGCUUAUGUCCGCACCGGAACGGAACAUCUGUCGGUGCCGGAAGAUUUUCUUGCAAUCGCGUUUUUCUCUUUUCGGAUACCAAAAGUGUUGAAAAAGAAGAGCAGGAUCCAAGAGGUGGAACAACAGCCAUGGCGACCUCUCAACCUCCUCUGCGACUUACCUCCCAUAGGAAUUUGGUCUAUCGGCUUGUCUUUUCAACCCUGACUGGCCGAACCGUUCAUAUUUCGCAGAUUCGUGCUUCCUCGCCGACUAACCCAGGUCUUGCAGCGCAUGAAAUUUCCUUCCUCCGGCUCCUGGAAUCUGUGACCAAUGGCGCGCAAAUGGAGAUUUCCUACACCGGUACCAUCCUGGUUUACAAGCCGGGUCUUAUUACAGGCAGCUCUUCGGGUACCGCCGCAAGCACGGGUGGUGUAAUUCGCCAUGAGCUGCCCGCGGGUUGUACUCGCGGUGUCAGCUAUUUCCUGAUUCCUCUCUGCCUCAUGGCCCCGUUCUCCAAGGCUCCUAUCAAGGUCCUCUUCACUGGCCCUGGUGUCAUCACCUCUUCAACCCCAAACGGUGACAUGUCCGUCGACAGCGUACGAACUGCCAUCCUGCCGCUCUUCAAUCAGUUCGGAAUCUUCAACAACAUCGAGCUACGCGUUCUACGGCGAUCGAACCCUGGCCCGAAUGGACGAGGAGGUGGUGGAGAGGUUCAGCUUGUCUUUGGGCACCAAGUCCGCCUUCCGAAAACUCUGCACCUCAUGAAUGCCGGGAAAAUUAAGCGGAUACGUGGGGUGGCGUACUCGGUUGGCGUCGCUGCCUCUAACAACGCGAGAAUGAUUGAUGUCGCUCGUGGCAUUCUCAACCCCCUCUCCCCGGAUACUUACAUCUUUUCUGAUGUCUCCUCCGCGCCCAUGGUCCCCGCCCAUGACAAGAAUAACCCAUCUGCAAAGAAGAAGAUUGGCCUUGGAUUCGGCUUGUCAUUGGUGGCGGAAUCCUCAACCGGUUGCUUGUUCUCUGCCGAUGUGGCGUCGCCUCCCAGUGGGGGACAACCUCCUGAGGAUAUUGGAAAGGCUUGUGCCUAUCAGCUGCUUGAGACCAUCUCGAAGGGUGGUUGCGUCCCCCCUGCAGCUAUGCCGACGAUGUUGGGACUGAUGACCAUGGGCUCUGAGGAUGUUGGCCGAAUUCAGGUCGGUCGCGAGGUUCUCGCGGAUGAGAAUGUGAUCCAAUUAGCGAGGGAUUUGGCGCAGUUUGGCGCCCCAGGAUGGGGUCUCAGAGAUGCUCCGGGAGAGAACCCUGAUGGAGACAUUAUCAUCAGUGUUGUUGGACGUGGUAUUGGUAAUGUGGGACGAAAGGUCGCUUGAUUGCAGCCUUGUCCCCCAAGUAUCCGCACCCACUGUCGUGGCCACCCUCGUCGGUGGUUGUCACAAUAUCAUUCCCGAUUUAGAGUCCACCUCGAAGGUUUUGACAGCAUUGUCGCAACUUUGUUUCAGGUUGCCGUCGGGUUGCCGUCUGAUCGUCCAG